UAAAGCUUCUUUUUCUACCAAAGAAAUCUCCCAGAAAACUGCUUCACUGCCGCCAAACCUUUUAGGGUUUAAGAUUUUAGCAUUCUUCCAUGGCAGAGAAAGAGCCAUUACCGGAGCCCAACCCACCAACUGAAGACAUGGACCUCGAAACCAUUGAUUCAUCCGCCCAAAACCCCAAUGCCAAGGACGACGCCAACGGCGACUCCAAAUCGAAGCGCGAGAGAGAAGACGGCGAAGAAACCGAUGAUGCAUCCAAAAAGCAGAAGCUGGAGAAGUCAGUGGAAGAGGAAAGGCUUGAGAAUAAGUCGGACUUACCCGAGUCGGGUCCUGUACGGCUCGGUCCGAAGGAGUUCGGGUCGACGGCGGAGAUGUUUGAUUACUUUGUCUAUUUGCUUCAUCAUUGGGGUAUUCAACUGAACUUUAACAAGUAUGAGCAUAUGGUAUUGUUGGACUUGCUUAAAAAGGGCCAUCUAGAGCCUGAGAAAAAGAUUGGUGGAGGGAUCAAAGCUUUCCAAAUCCGAAAUCAUCCAGUGUGGAAUAGUAAAUGUUUCUUUUUGAUUAGGGAGGAUGAAACACUUGAUGAUUUUAGCUUCCGGAAAUGUAUUGAUCAUGUACUUCCCUUACCCGAUGAUCUGAAGAUAAAACGCAACGCAGACAGGGCAUCGCACGGUGGCGGUUGGAAAGGACGUGGUGGAAGAGGCGGUGGACGAAGCCGUGGGAAAGGUGGCAAGCCUAGAAACUAAGGCUAUAGUUGUUGAAAUGAAAUUGAAUCUGGAUUAAAUUCUUUUGUUGGAUCAAAACUGCUUUCUUUUGCUUAUAUAUCUGACCUUAGGUUGAUCUUGGUAUUUCCUCAGAGUUG